CUAUCUCUCCAAAAUUCGCCCCGAUCGCCAUCCCGCUAAUUAAAUUCGCUGGUGCGCUUAAUACUUCCUUCGUUCGAGCCUAUCAUGAUAUAAGAAUUGUCGGUACAUGCACGAGAAUUCUCUUGCAGAAUAUUGCAUAGGGGAACCGUGAAUAAAAAACGACUGAGAAACACGAAAUGCACUCACUAUUGGUGGAAUCGGCGACUUGGUUCCCGUUUGUGGUGUUGAUUCUAAUCCUCAGAUAUAUUUCGAGAUGGCUACAACUUGGGUCGGUAAAGAAUUACCAACUACAAGAUUAUGUUAUGCUCGUUGUGUUUCUCUUCUACACUACUCUCAUGGUAUCUAUAAACAUUGUAUUCAAUUUAGAUACAAAUCUCAUCUCACCAGCUGAUAUUCCACAACUCACUCCUGAAUCAAUUGCAUCUCGUGUGAAAGGCAGCAAACUCGUGCUCGUAGUGGAACAGUCAAUGAUCAUGACUAUUUGGGGUGGCAAAGCUUGUUUGUUGUUAAUGUAUAUGCAGAUGAUGCAGGGUAUUAAACCCCACAAUUUUGUUGUAAAACUAGUCGCCACAUACGUGGGUACAAGCUUGGUGGUCAUGGAGAUUCUUUAUUUUGGGGUAUGGUGCAGACCAUUCUCAAACUAUUGGGCAGUCCCUACUCCGAAUGAACAGUGCUCAACAGCUCUUCAUCACUUGAUAGUAAACGCAACAUUCAACAUCAGUUCCGAUCUCAUGAUGUUGUUUCUACCAAUGCCGAUGGUCAUCAAGGCACAGCUCCCUACCCUGAAGAAAGCGCUUCUCAUCAGCGUCUUCUCCCUUGGCACAUUUGCCAUCAUAUCUGCUGCAGCUAAUAAAUAUUAUUCCUUCGUGCAUCCUUUUGGUGUGAUGUGGACCUACUGGUAUAUAAGAGAAGCAUCAACUGUGAUGUUCGUGACCAAUAUACCGAUGUGUUGGCCAUUGGCAAGAAAACUAUUUGGUUGGAGAUCAUGGUCUGGAACUAGUGAAGGCACCAAGUCAAAGAGCAGAGCGGCUCCUAAGAGAUACUUCACCAACGCGACCAGUUCAAGAUUCGGGAAUAAAAGAGACAACUCGAUGUAUAGAAGUGAAAGUAGAGAUGUAAUAAUACACGGAAGUACACAAGAUGGUUCAGCAAUAGGGCUGGAAAUAUGGGAAAGUAGGGAAGUGAGUGUAAAAACUGAGCAAAAGAACCCCAGAGAAGAACGUAUCAAGAAUACGACAGCCGUCACUGUCAUUGGGUCGAGAGGCAAUUCGAGCGAACAAGAACAAGGAAGGAGUAAUUCGAGAACAGAGAGUCGACAAGAUAUAGGCCAUGCAUUAUAA